UCAGUCCAUCAUGCCGAAGAAUGCGAAGGUUAUUAUUGCUUCGGUUUUUUCUUUGUGAUCAUCUUUUUCGCCACGAACAAUAGAGCGUUUCAACCAAUAGCAAUCCAGUACAAGAGCGUAAGUGAUUAAUGUCCGACAGAGCAGGCUUGUCACGAUCUCAGAAAGGAAAGAGAGAAAAGCUGCAGGGGGAGGCAAGCUUUCAUUCAUGGUGUCCACAAAUGACUUGUACCACAGCAAAGCAUAUCCACCUGAAUGCAGUGUGCCGUGGCUCCAUGUAGACGUUCUGUAAAUGGGACAUCACAGUGGUGGAGAAACCGUCGCCAUGAUGGGCCCCAGUUCAUGGUGGGCCUUUUCCCUAGGCUUCCUGCUGGGGACCUGCAGCAUGUACUUCUUCCUGCACCAGGUGUGGUUUGAGCGAAGCUACCCUGUGUUGUCGGAAGCUCAGGAGAGAACCACAGUAGUAGGAGAGACACCAACCAGCUGGAGGAAAGAGGGGGCUUCGCUCAUCAAUGUGCUCCACCCUCACCAUGCAGAUGAAGACAGCCGGAUGGCAGAUGUGUUGUACCAGAAGGUGCGUGUUCUUUGCUGGGUGAUGACGGGGCCCUAUAACCUGCAGAGCAGGGCCCGCCACGUACGGGCCACCUGGAGUCGGCACUGCAACAUAGUGGUGUUCAUGAGCUCCGUGGAGAACCCCGACUUUCCCACUGUGGGUCUGGGCACUAAGGAGGGCCGUGACCAACUCUACUGGAAAACCAUCCGAGCCUUCCAUUACGUCUACGAACACCACGUAAAUGACGCAGACUGGUUUUUGAAAGCAGAUGAUGACACUUAUGUGGUGGUGGACAACCUGCGCUGGAUUCUGUCCAACCACACCCCUGAGGAACCCAUUUAUUUUGGUAAGCGCUUUAAGCCUUACACCAAACAAGGCUACAUGAGUGGGGGCGCGGGCUACGUGCUCAGUAAGGAGGCCCUCAAGAGGUUUGUGGAAGGUUUUCGGACGAAGGCGUGCACACACACUACGCCGGUCGAGGACUUGGCGUUGGGGCAGUGCUUAGAGAAGAUGGGUGUUCUGGCUGGGGACUCCAGAGACAGUUUGCACCGAGAAACCUUUCACCCAUUUGUGCCGGAGCACCAUCUAACGAGCAAGUUUUCUAAGAGCUUCUGGUACUGGAGCUAUUGCUACUACCCAAUUGUUGAGGGUCCACAGUGCUGCUCAGACCUGGCUGUGUCAUUCCACUACGUGGACGCAGAGCUGAUGUACACGCUGGAGUACUACACCUACCACCUGAGAGCCUUUGGCUACGUGCCCCGCUAUCGACCCUCCGCGCACCGCAGCCUUAAGCCCGGCCCACAGACAGCCGUCACUUUGGGAUUUAAAGCAGUUCACGGGGUCACGGAGAGACAUAGGCACACAACUUCUGCCUUUUCAUUUAGCAGGAACCAAACCAAACCGGAGACGCAGUCGGAAAGGAGGAAAACAGAUGAUCUAAUUUUAAAUCUCACUGAGAACAGGACUGCAGCCAGCACACCAGAUAAUCAUGGCUGAGUUGCUGCGCCGUUAUUCAGCUGGGGAUGAAGCACUGAUCUACAUUAGAAUCAACAGUAUCACUCGUGAAGCCCUCGACGGGGUGGCAGGAGCUGCUCCGGUGCACGAAUGACCCAGAGAAGUCUGUUACCUUUUUUAGUUUAUUGACCAACUGACAAAGCCUUUUUGACGUGGCCCGUGUAUAUCCUGCUCACUAUUCCACUCUAAGUCCUCCCAGUGGGAGUGGAUUCAACAUGAAUAUGGCUCAGUGGUAGCUACGUAUUGCUUAGGUAACUCUUACCCAACAUGAACACUUGUGUUUUGCUUGAAUAUAUUUUACUACGUUUGGUUCCGAUACAUCCACAGUGUUCUUGGACUUUUCUAGAAAGACUUUUACCCUUUAAAUAGUCUUGUUUUUUGGUCCAUUGAAUGGAGUACGGCAGCCAGCAACUGUGAAAUAUUUAUUCUUUUUGUGGCCAUUUUUGUGACAUUUGAUUUUAAUUAUUAUAUUUAUUUUUUCGGUUAGUUUUUGAGAAAAUAUGCCUAAAACAUUUAAAAUUAACAUAAUCUUCUUAAGUCUGAGUGUCCUUUGAUUUUUCUUUCUUUUGCAACUCAAGGAUUCUUUCAAGCUGUAAAUCCAGAGCCGGGAGUGAUGUGACAUCUGUUUCAGGAAUUAAAGUGAAAAUUCCUCUCACUGUUUUUUUCUUUUCUUUCAUUUCUUAAUACAUUUUGCUGGUAUGAGAU